AUUUACCCAAAGUUCUUAGACGGGAUGUUGAAUCACAUGUUUCUCUACUUGAACUUCAGUUCUUGUCUGAAAAGACUGUCAUUAUAUCCAGCUGUCAGUUGAAUUGAAACAAAGACCUGGGGACUUGAUCAUCAAGAGUUAGUUCAAUACUUGAUGGUUCACACCCAACAAUGGCAUUGGAUCCUGCUGACUGCUCCCUGUACGAGGCUCCUGCUUGCUUCAGGUAUGCUCUAACACGAGCACUAGAAGGAGCAUAUUCAGAAUACACACCAACUAACUGGAAGGGUUUCGCAGAAUACUUCAUGAUGAAGCUGACAUCUUGUACAUCCACCCCCGAAGAGCUUGUCAACUACUGGACAGACCACCAUCCUUGUAAGCAUUCUCACAAUAUCAACUCGAUAAUGAAGUUUGCUCGACACAGUCAUCACAAGAUACUCCUUCAGAAAAUGCAGUGUCUACUAUCAGAUCACCUGGUAGCUAACUACAAGCAAAAGACUACAUCUCGCGAGUGUCUCACCCACUGCGAACUUUGUGCUGGCUGGGACAGUACCGAUCGUCCACUCGAAAAAACAAAGUGUGAGGCUCAAGAUGAACAAACCAGUGAGAAGAGCUCCUGUAAACAUCAGUGCAUUAAUUACAAUGGACCAGUAACUAACCAUAUCUACAACUUGAGAAAAGAAGACUUGAAGAUGAUCGAUUCAGAUAAACCUGAAGCUACGCUAUCGCACGCCCACACCACAACGUGUUUGCAAUCUCUGAAAUCUGAGGAAAGUCCAUUACUAGAAACAUCACUUAAGUCAAACACUGAAAGACAAUGUACGAGAAAAUCGAACUCAAAGGAAAAUUUAAAGUGUGAAAAUCAAGCAGACAUUAUCCAAGAUACGGGUAAUCGAUUAUUUAAUGUUUUCCCAUACCGUCAAUUUAGAACAUUUUAUCGCGGCAAAACAAAGGAAUUGAUACGAAUUAUCGUUGUAAUCUAUCUUCUCUAUCAAGGCCUGGCUGUUAUCAUAAUGAGCCUCUGUGAAAAUGGAGGACUUUUAGUCGUUUUCAAAGCAAAUGAAACCGAUCAGUACGCUGCUCUUGUGUGUCGGUUGAUUUCCUUCACGCUUCGUUUUCUCCUAAGAGUUGUAAACCCUCUCUGCUUCUCUCUACACAUACCGAUAAUAGCCUCCAAACCUAACAUUCCUAAAGUAGGCCUAUCUCAAGUACAAGCACUUCCACAAAUGUUUAAAGUACACGAGAAAUUCUCAUCUGAAGAAGAGAUUGCUGAACUUCGAAAAAGCCCUGAAACUGUUUUCAAACGAUCAGAAGAAAUGACAAAACGUCGAAUUAAAGCGAUCUGGAUCCCAAUGACAAAUGCAGCUUUCAUUGUAGCUCUGUUGCUGUACCUCGGGGCAUUUCUGCUGUGUGAGAGCCACACCAUACAAGGAGGAGUAUGCAACAGUCUUGGUCGAACUAUUCUCACCGUACCUCUCGUGAACGUUCGUAUUCAUUUCCUCAUUAUCAUGGAGAGCUUCUCUGUAUUUGUCUCAUUGCUGCUAGCUGGAAUAGCCGCAAACUGUUACUACUACGAGAACGCAAUUGCUAAAUAUGCCACCACAAUUGGUGCAAAUGCCGAGAGUCUUCACUGUAAUGUACGCCGUCGAUGGGCCAUAAUGGACUUCUAUACGAUACUAGUGCCACUGGUACUAACAGCAGUUGCUCUGCUUUCGUUCAGCACUGGUCAACCUUUCACCCCCAUGCCUACACACCAACUGGAGGCCAACAAACUAGUGGAUUGGUAUUUUUGGAUAAUUAACUUGACUGUUUUACAGUUCCUUGGAUUUUCAUGUAAUCGAAUGAUGAAAUCGGCAUGUCUUUGCGGUUAUGUUCUGUCUGCUGUGUUUGUGUAUUGGCUGGAAGUGGAGGUAUCUAUGGCACCGUAUGGAAGUAUCCUGCUUCUAGUGUACUGUGUACUUUCUGCAAUUUGUUUCAACCUGUUGUAUAGUUUGUGUAUGUGUAAUUUAUGUCAUGCUCUAAAGACUGGAUCUUUGUGCAGCUAUGUGUGGUUUGUUUACUGUGUUUUUAGCCUUUUUCUGUUAACUGUGAGUCUUAUAGUUACUGUCUACAGAGAAGUAGCUCAUAUUUCUCUGCAUAUAUUAUAG